AGAUAAAUGAAUUUCGAAAAGCUUGUCAGUCAGGCAGUAAAUGGUGACCGAUUCAAAAUUUUCUGCGGGCAGCUCACUGAGUUCACCAACUCGCUCGCUGGGGAAAGAGAGGCCAUAGAAAAAGGAAUGAGGCAAAUCGAAACUCAACAGCUUGAAGCCGAAACUUCAUUCACCGAGCGAAUUGCUGAAGACAGGGUUAAAUGUGCUGCUCAACGAGAAAGUCUAGAAAGACAGCUUCAGGAUUUGACAGCAACUGACAAUAAACUGUCUGAACAGAAAAGAGACUGGGAAGAGAGACAAGAAAAAGCCUAUGAUGAACUAAUGUCUUAUUUGGAAAACGAGGAUGUGGACAGUGCGGGUACACAGUUCGGAGAUCACUUCAAUUCAUUAAUUAAAUCGAUGAACAACUUGUCACAUGAUUCGAUGAAUGGUCAAUUCAAUUCACUCAAAAACAAUCUGGAUGAAUUAAACAUUGAAAAGAAACAACUAGAAGUCGCCAUCGCUGAUCAAUCAUCGACUAUUUCUGAAAUGAUUCCUUCUCUCCGUCCAACAUGUGGAGCGACCUACAAAGAGCGCAACACUCUUCGCAUUAUUUUCCAUUAUCAAGUUGCCAAACUGCGCAGUGAGUACCAAAAAUGUCGUCUACAAGAAGAAGCUCUGAAAGCCCGACUUUCUACAUGAAUUAAAAGAAUCAGAACAGCCAAAAUGUGGGCAACUGUUAAUCGAACUGUAAUGAUAUUAAAAAUUGAAUAAUCUUUUUUCAAAUCGUUCUGUUAUCCUAAACUUUCAUCAUGUCGAAUGCUUAUCAUGUAAUAUUUAAUUUUAUUGCAUCAACCGUUGUGAAGUUUUAAUAAAUUAUAGUCCUGG